GGGGGAUUCUUUCGAGUGGCGCGCGCUCUUGACCGGAAGUGCGGCCUAGUCCCUUCCGGCGCCCGCUUCCGCCAUGGCGGGGAAGGCCGGGCCGGCGUUGGUAGACGUGCCGCCCCACGAGUGCCCGGGCACCGGCAGCGAGCAGGCGGGCAAAGCCGCCGCCUGCCAGGGAUGCCCCAACCAGGGCUUGUGCGCCUCGGCCAGGCCCGCCGGCCCCGACCCAGCUGUCGAAGAAAUCAAGGAGAAGAUGAAAACCGUGAAGCACAAGAUCCUGGUGUUGUCUGGGAAGGGUGGUGUCGGCAAGAGCACCUUCUCUGCUCACCUGGCUCAUGGCCUGGCAGACGAUGAAACCAAGCAGGUUGCUGUCCUGGAUAUUGAUAUUUGUGGACCAUCGAUACCAAAAAUAAUGGGUCUAGAGGGGGAACAGGUUCACCAGAGUGGGUCUGGCUGGUCUCCUGUGUACGUUGAAGAAAAUCUCGGUGUGAUGUCGGUGGGGUUCUUGCUCAGUAGCCCUGACGAUGCUGUGGUUUGGAGAGGACCCAAAAAGAAUGGAAUGAUUAAGCAGUUUCUCCGGGAUGUGGACUGGGGCGAAAUUGACUACUUGAUUGUAGAUACGCCUCCGGGUACCUCCGAUGAACACCUGUCCAUAGUGCAGUAUCUCAGUGCUACCUGUAUAGAUGGAGCAGUGAUCGUCACCACACCCCAGGAAGUGGCACUUCAGGAUGUUCGGAAAGAGAUAAAUUUCUGCCAUAAGGUGAAGCUGCCGCUGAUCGGAGUCGUUGAAAACAUGAGUGGCUUUGUGUGUCCGAAAUGCAAGAAAGAGUCUCAGAUAUUCCUGCCAACCACCGGAGGCGCAGAGAAGAUGUGCCAUGCUUUAAAUGUCCCUCUCCUGGGCAGAGUGCCUCUGGACCCACAAAUAGGAAAAAGCUGCGACAUGGGACUUUCGUUCUUUUCUGAGAUCCCGGAUUCCCCUGCUACGUCAUCCUACAGGGAUAUCAUCCAAAGAAUCCAAAACUACUGCAGGCAGAACCACCCCCAGGAAGAGCAAAACCCGUAAAGAAACCACCGUAGGAAUGCCUUCAUAGGAAUAUGUCAACAUCUUAUUUUGCAAAUAAAUGUUUUCCGGUACCAAGA